AUGACCGGGAAAGCCACUCAAGAACCUUCCUCCAAUGGCCGCGUGGCACAAACCGACGACCACGCGACGACCACAGGCAUGACCGGACACGGGUUCUAUGACGAAAACUCGCAGACGCAAUGGAACGCCAUUGCAGCGGUCCUGCCCACGCUGGACAAGGCUGUCGCGGCACUUCCGUUGCCGGACAACGGCGUCAUAACGCUUGCGGAUUAUGGUUGCUCGGAAGGACGCAAUUCCAUUGCGGCGAUGGAACGCGCACUCAAGACCCUGCUGCCGCGCACGCCGCUUCCGGUGCAGACGGUUCACUCGGAUCUUCCGACCAACGACUUUUCAACCCUGUUCCUGAACCUGCGCCCGAGCGGCCAGUCCGUUUUCGGGACCGACCGGAUUUUUUCCUCCGCAGUCGGCGGCUCCAUGUACGAUCAGCUUCGCCCAGCCUGCAGUGUUCAUCUCGCGACAACAUUCAACGCCAUCGGCUUCCUUUCCAGGCGUCCCGUCGACGAAAUGCCAGGUUACAUUUUCCCCAACGGUCCAAGCACCGAGCGGAACAACGGGUAUGUUUCACCGGAAGACAGACGUGCAUUCGCGAACCAGGCCAAACAGGACGUGGAGGCCUUUCUGAAAGCGCGAGCCAGGGAACUGGUUCCCGGUGGAAAACUGCUGGUGCAGGUUUUCGGAGCGACCGAUACAGCAUGCACGAGUGACGGCAUCUACGAUCUUCUCAACGACGCGGUCGUUGCCUUUGUCGAAACCGGAGAAAUCUCGAAAGAAACCUACGACCGGUAUUAUCAACCGGUCUACAUGCGCCAUCUGGAUGAGUUGACGGAGCCCGUGAGCGAUCCGCGAUUUGAGUCGUCCGGUCUUUUCACGAUUGAUGAUGCCCGCGACUACGAAAUCACGGUUCCGUUCGUGGAGCGGUACAAGGAAGAUGGUGACAUCGAACGGAUCUGGUGGAUCGGAUUUACAAACGCGCGGUAG